AUUGUAUAGAAUAUGUAAUUCAGAAAAGAACAACAGUAAUCUGAUUUUCAAAUAUAAUUUUCGAAUUUUAAAAAUAUUGCUAUCAUCUUCAUUAUCAUUUUCGAUAUUUCGCAUUCCUCUUUCAAUUGUACUUAUUAGUAGAAAGAUUGGCGCAGCAGAAAAAAGAAGAAAGAAGAAUUGUUCAAUACACAUGUAAUUGCAAAACAAGAAUUUUAUAUAUUUGUUAAUAAUAAUAAUAAUAUGUUCGUAAUGUGAACCAUAUACAAGUAAACGGGCGACGCCAAUGUAAGAAGUAUCUCUAGGGAUUUUAUCAUACGUCAUAUAUACGUUUUUUUUCAAACUACUUUGAAUGGGUAGUUGGAUUUUUUUUAAAGUCGUAAUAAAUAUAAUUAUUCAUGUUAUCGUGUACGCUAAAUAAAAAUAUCAUCGUUGAAAAAAUAAAGCUUGUACAUUCUGGAAAUAACCUGCUCGUCGAUUAAUUUCAAUUACAAGCAUGGUUGGACGAUAUGGAGAGAGGCAAUACCAGCUAGCCGCGCAGAAGCAAAACCAGGCGUUCCUCAAAUACAAUUAUUACCAACAAAUCGCGAAAUACUUCGAACGAGAGUGUCGAAUCGCCAAACACUACGAUUCGUGGAAUUAUAGGAAUUUGGAUCCGAGAGGCGAACUCGAGAAGGCUAAGAAAGCAGAGAGAUUGCACAUUAGAAGGAAUAAAUUGAGAAAUUUGUUGAAGGAUGAAGAUGAAAGGUACAGAAAGGAACUGGAGGAACGAAAGAAGAUAAAAGAUCGCCAGGAAGAGACAUCGUUGGAAGCCUUGAGACAGAAAUUGAGAGAGAAACGAGCGGAACAGAGUCUCUAUUUGCCUAGAACCUGUCGAAGAUACCAGUCCUACUUCAUCUGUCCCACAGAAACGAAAAGUCCCGGUUGGAACACGCUUAAGGAUACUAAUCUUCAGUAUUCUCGUGCUUGCAGAGAUUCGACCAACCUCAUUCGUGAGAACGAGCAAAAUUUUCAUCGCGGAGAUUCGAGAAUGAGCGAGGACAAUGGCAAGGCUUCUCAAAAAAAUUCACAAGGAAACGUAGAAACGCAACAGGAACCGAGUCAUUCUGCGUAUCCGCGCAACGAAACUAGAAAGCCCAUUUCGAAAUAUUCAGUUCGCUAUGCUCGUAGAAGUUUGGAGAAUACCAACGUGAGAAACGACGACUUCGACAACAAUCCAUCAAGCAGGACAUCAAGCAGAUCGUCUCUUGCGUUUGGUUCAUCAUCUGAAAGAUGCUUGUUGCCGAAUGGGAACGUUCCUCUUCGUGGAGAUGAUAAAGAGAACACGACAGAACAAGAUAUGGAACUAAACAAUUCUCAAAACGACACGGUAGCCGAAAGUCGUUACUCCAACUCGACGAAUGAUCAGUCAAAUCAGUCGAAGAAUCUCGUCCCGCAGGAGGAUGUUCCUCGUCAAGAAAUCGAUGAAAAUGAUUACUCAAAGCGAUUGUCGAUGGAUCGUUUAAACGACAACGUUGAUACUCGUAGGCCUGGAAGCUCUCUAGGCAAACAUAGCAGCGAAGAAGAUCAGAACGUAAAGACGGAGGACACUCGACAGUUCGAAGUUGAAAAAAGUAUGCCUUGGCUGCGAAUGAAUCCCGGCGAUAAGAAUCUCUCGAAACAGAUGUUCCUUUACCUGACUCACAAGGAACUGAAAUGCAAGAUCGAGGAUCUCUCCAGAAGAGAGAUGCACGCGUGCAAUAAGCAGCAUUGGGACGAAGCUUUGCGACUGAGAGACAUGAGGAACAAACUGGAACUGAUUCGCGAGAAGAAGCUGUAUCAAGUGGAAAAUCUCGAUUUGGACGAAGAAUCAAGGAAGUUGGGAUUGGUCAACAUCGACAAGAGGGAAACGGAACUUCUUGAACGAGAAAAAACGUUUAUGGAUUCAACGAUGUAUAGUGAAGAAGCAAAAGCCUUGUGGAAGAAAUGGGUACACGAAGACGACAAGUCCGUGAUCAAAGAUGCUCGCUUACAGAGGGAAAAAUUGAUGAACAGUUUGGAAAAAGAAUGGCAGAGUCUCGCAGUUCGUGAUAAAGAAAGAAUCUCACAAUCAUACCAGAUUGUAAUGAAUGAUUCCGCUCUACAAGAGGAGCACAAAUUGUCCGCUGCCAUUAAUGCGGCUAAAGUGAAGUCCGUCACUAGACCUUGAAAUAGGCCAUAGCAGAAUUUCACAAAUUCACAAGCUUGAUAUUAUUGUGCCAAGCUUAUUAAUCGUUUGCAUUUCAAUGUUUGUAGUCUACGGUAGUAACUGUUGGAUAUGUUUGAAGAAAAUUUAGGAAAAUAUUUCAAUUACAAUGAAAUAUAGUUAAAAAGAUAAAAAUGCAAAAAAAAAAAAAAAUACAAAAAAUGAAGGAAAGAGAUAUUAUUUAAUAGCUAAAAGCUGUUAAUUGUUGUUGAAGACUGAUAUUUCUAUUAAAUUCCUAUUAAAUUAUACUAAAAUUGUUCCAAAUGAAUUACUGUAUUUUCAAUAUUUUAAAUAAUCGUUUGUAUCGUUAAACGGUAUACGAGCAUACGAUGCUUGUAGAAAUUACGUAUUUCAUUAAUGAAUUUGUAUUUUAGAAUUCUAGUCGUUUUUUUUUUUUUAUU